UUGAUAGACCCGCUCCAGAUUUCCUACUUCAAGUUACUCGAUUCGUAACUAACAGCAAUCGCAGUACUCAUUACUAUUUUGUGAAACUUUCUGGAUGCUUUUCAGGUGUCAUUGCAUAAAUAUGAAAAUUCAUGGUACAGACAACCUCUGAGGAACUGUAUGAUAUGCAGAAUGCAACUACUGCAAGGGCUGUUUUAUGAUUUUAUCAUUUUUCUUGUGAUCUUAGUAGUGGGUAUAGUUUAUAGCGGAUAGCGGAGCAAAUUGCAAUCUAUCUAGCAAUUUAUUUUUAUUAUUGAAACCUUUGUGCUUGGAAUGAGUCCAGUUAAAGUGGUGCUGUCUGAUAUUGCUGCUAGUAAGGAAGCAAGCUGCAAAUGAACCGGUGACAACAUCAUUUUAUUAAUUUGAAUACCCUUAUCGAUGCCACAGUUACAAAAUCGAAUCGACUGAUAUCAGUACAAAAUGAUUUAUACUAGAUACGGUUUAUGUGUUCUUUGUAGUUUAUUACUACUGUUGAUUAAUAGUAGUUUUAGUGUUGAAAAUGUAAUUUAUGCUGUUAAUUGUGGUGGAGAAGCACAUACUGAUGUAAAUGGAAUUCGCUAUGAAAGGGAUCCUUUACAUGGAAGAGUUGGAAUAGCUUCUGAUUAUGGGAAGAGGUUGUUUAUAGGUAGAAUUCCCCCACAAGACCAAAUUUUAUAUCAAACAGAAAGAUAUCAUACAAACACUUUUGGAUAUGAUAUACCUAUACCAGAUGAUGGUGAUUAUGUUAUUGUCUUAAAGUUUUGUGAAGUUUAUUUUACAAGCCCUGAUCAGAAAGUGUUUGAUGUGGUUCUUAAUGGCGAUCACACUGUUGUUGCAGAUUUGGAUAUUUUUGAUAAAGUCGGACGUGGUGUAGCACAUGAUGAAUAUAUUCCUUUCACAGUUUCAAAAGGUCGGCUUUUUGUAAAUGGGGAAGAAUCUGAUAUUAGGGGAGGCAAGAUACGUAUAGAAUUUAUUAAGAGUUACAAGGAUAACCCUAAAAUUAAUGCAAUACUAGUUUUAAAGGGAAAAUUAGAAACUGUUCCUAAGCUUCCACCUCCAGAACAAGAACCUGCUGAAGAAAUUAGAGAAGAGUCUGAAUAUGUUCCUAAAAAUAGGAAACCUAGUGGACCUAAACAACCGGAUCCAUAUUCCAUGGAUGAUUCAUCAAUGAUGCUUCCAAUAUUUAUUGCAAUAGGAGCAUUUAUUCCAUUAUUAUUUUGCUUAUGUAAAUUGUGAUUUUAAAAUGAUAGGGAUAGUCAACUUACUAAUUUGAAAGGGUAUAUUUACAUUUAGUUUGAAAGGUAUUGGGUGUGGGAAUUAGAAUAAAGCAAUGUACUUAGUAAAGGGCUGCAUGAAUGUAUGAAUAGGGUUCUUGAAAUACAAGCUUUUGUUGAAGCAAAAUUUGCAACCAAUAUGAACAAAAUUUAUACUCUAAAGAACCCAAUAAUAGUUCUCUAUUAUUUUAUACCUUAAUCAUAUAUCGUACCUAUGUACUAAAAAUUAGGUAUUUUAUUUCUUUUGAAUAACAGGAAAAACAAUUGAUUUUCAUUCAAAAAUUAAACAAGGAAGUAAGCUACUGAAAAUAGUAAGUAGAAUAGAUUAUAAUAAGAAAGGAAACCAUUAUUAUACAGAAUUUUUUGUGUUCAUUAUGUAUAAGUAAUUAAGUUCCCAUUGGUAGAAUUAUGACGAAACUGUACAUUUUAAUUUAAAUAAUGCAUUAUUAACUUUUGUUGCUGGUGUUUUGAAGGUUUAAUUAUGGUUAACAUCUUAAAAUUUUUUAUUUAUUUGUAAAUACAAAUAUAAAUAAAGGAAAUGCAAAGUA